AUGAAGCCUGCCACCAGGCUCUUCUAUCUCUCGGUCUUUGCUUUGUGGACACCUCUGGCGGCAUGCGAAGACAUCACUUGCCCAUCCAGCAAAAGCAUCGUUGAUGAUGCGUGUGCUUCUUACGCAACUCUCGAUCGCCUAAACGCCAACCUAAAACCGGCCCUCGACGACCUCGUCCAGUCAACCGAUUUCUUUUCGCACUACCGACUGAACCUCUUCAACAAGAAAUGCCCAUUCUGGGACGAUGAAGGCGGCAUGUGCGCUAACAUUGGGUGCGCAGUCGAGACGCUAGACAAUGAGGAGGACAUUCCCCUGGCGUGGCGAUCCAGCGAGCUGGGUAAAUUGGAAGGUCCCCUAGCCAAGCAUCCUGGGAAGAAGGCGCAGAAGCAGGCGAGGCCGCUUCAGGGAGAGCUGGGCGACAACGUCGGCGAAAGUUGUGUGAUAGAGUAUGACGACGAGUGCGAUGAGAGGGACUACUGCGUCCCUGAGGACGAAAGUACAGCCUCCAAGGGUGACUAUCUGUCACUGCUGGCGAACCCGGAGCGAUUCACCGGCUACGGUGGUGAGGGUGCGAAGCAGAUUUGGGACGCAAUCUAUCGCGAGAACUGCUUUCAGAGGAGCUCGUUCCCUCACUCAGCAGAUGUGGGCUCCAGCGCAACAUACGGUGUCGCUGAGCACGAUUUCCGCCGGGUGUUGGAUGCGUCGUGGCAGCAGCAGCGUUUGGAGCACCCGAAUGAACCGACCGCUGGCGUUGCGGUUGACGAUGAAUGCCUGGAGAAGAGGGUUUUCUACCGGGUUGUCUCUGGAAUGCACGCAAGCAUCAGCGCGCACCUUUGCUGGGACUUCCUGAACCAAAGCACUGGCGAGUGGCAGCCGAAUCUAUCAUGCUACAAGAGCCGUCUGCACACGUACCCUGAUCGCAUCAGCAAUCUCUACUUCAACUACGCCUUGGUGAGCCGGGCAGUUGCCAAGUUGGGACCGUUCUUGCAGUCAUCGGACUACACGUUCUGCACGGGAGACCCAACAGAAGAUGCAGCUACGAGAGCCAAGGUGCUCGAGGUUACGUCGCGAGCGGCCUCAACCUCGUCGCAGGUCUUUGAUGAGGGCCUGAUGUUCGUUAAUGGCGAAGGGCCCUCGUUGAAGGAGGAUUUCCGGAACCGGUUUCGCAAUGUCAGUAGGCUGAUGGACUGCGUGGGGUGCGAUAAGUGUCGUCUAUGGGGCAAGGUGCAGACUGCUGGGUACGGCACCGCGCUCAAGGUGCUGUUCGAAUUCGACAACAACUCGGAAGACAUCCCACACCUGAAGAGGACCGAGCUGGUCGCCCUGUUCAACACGCAUGCCCGGCUAGGAGAGUCUUUGAACUCAAUCGGCAAAUUCAGGCAAAUGAUUGCCGAUCAAGAUGACGUCACCCCUUUCACUGUUGAGCCGGAGGGCAUGCCGGAGGAAGACGAACCUGAGCCAGUGGUCAAGCCCAGGAAAAAGUUGCGAAAGAAUGCGUCCGUCAAGGAGCAGGUCAUGCAUGAAGUCGAACUAUUUGUUGCGGCGGUCCAGUUGGUUUUGAAGAGCUGGAUCGCCUUCCCCAAGACAUUAAGCGAGAUGCGCCGAUUUUAUCAGUUCUGGAUAGGAUUGCCUGUGCAACCAAGACAAUGGAGGUUUGAGCUACCCAAGCUGGAGCUCUGA